UUUUAUGUGAAUGUAAAAAACAAGAAAAAUAAAAAUUCCUUUUUUUUUCUUCUCCCCUCUCUCCCUCUCGCUCUCCGUGAUCAACCGUAGAUGUUCGUCGGAAAAAUAUCUUCGCCUUCAAAUUAGUUAGAUCUUUCUCUAAAUCCUCGACUACAGUUCGCGAAUCACAGCCUCUCAAGCUUUCCAUCUUUCUCAGGAUCUCAUAAGCAUAUGAAUGCUUGAAAAAUCUUGUGCAAUGCAAGCUGAGAAGGAGGUAUCGUUGAGCAGUCAAGGUCCUAUAGAAGAGGGCCGAGAAUCAAACCAGAACAGCAACCCUAACAUAGCGUCUUCUGCUUCUAUCGCUGUUCCUCAGUUUCCUGCUAAGAAGCCUACUAGGCAAUGGGCUGCUUGGACGCACCAAGAAGAGGAGAGUUUCUUCACUGCGCUUCGUCAAGUUGGAAAGAACUUUGCCAAGAUUACUUCUCGUGUCCAAAGCAAAAACAAGGACCAGGUUAGACAUUACUAUUACCGUCUAGUCAGGCGUAUGAACAAGCUUUUGGGUCCGGAACUGAGUCUUGAUGCUAAAAACCCGAAGGAUACAAAUGCUGCAAUGCUACGAUGGUGGUCUUUACUGGAAAAAUAUAGCUGCAAAGCUUCAAAACUUCACCUUAAACCCCGGAGAUUCAAGCUAUUCUUAGAGGCCUUGGAACACCAAUUGCUGAAAGACCGCAGAAAAAGCUCAAGAAAACGGGCUUGCCAUGGAGAAAGUUUCUCUUCGGCCUCCCUUGGAAACAUCUCAAGCCAUAGCAGGGAAAGAGGACUGGACAGCAGUCCAUUUAAACUGAUUCUUUGCGACAGCCAAAAUGUUAGGCCUGGGAGAGCAUCUACCAAACAUGGUGAAAGCUUAGGUGUUAGACUUGGGGAUGAAAAAGAAGAUACAGCCCUAGGGAGAGCUGGAAGACAACGACGAAAACAAGCAGGUUAUAGGAAAUGGGAAAAGGCUGCAAUAGAUGGGGUCUCUUUGGUUGCUGAUGCUGCAGAACACUUGGAACGAACUUCAAUCGACAAAGAUGUGAAUGGUCAAAAAGACUUAGGUCCCACAAGAUACUUAACCGGAAAGUCUCCACUUUCUCUACCCUCCUCUGGUGAGGCUCCUCUCAGUGAUGCCAAUAUGCAGUUUUCUGCCAAGUUGAAACUUCAGUUGUUCCCAAUUGAUGAAUCUACACGAAGAUCCUUGGAAGCGGACAAGCACAAUCCGCAUCUGGAACUUACUCUAAGUAACCGGAAGAAGAUAUCUUCUGUACUGGAACAUCUCAACCGCAAAUGGGGAAGUUCAAGCUGUGCAUGUGGAGAGCUAAUGCUGUUCCCUUACAAUGCAAGGAAAGAAACUGUAGCUUUGCAUCAGAGGUGGACCAAUGAUUCUUUUCUAAGCGCAGUAGAAGUGUAUUCAAUGGUUGGAAGUCCCUCGCUUUUCCGCUUAAGGUAUGGCUGGUUUGUCCAGGAUGCAUCAGGUUGUUUAAUUUCUCAGGUUCCAACUUCAGCUUCUUGUCCUUCACUCGAGGAUAACAUGAAUGUGGAUGAUGCCAAUGAGGUCAACAUGCUCCUUACUGAAUCAGGACCCUUAUCUAAUAAGCGUCCAACUUCUGAACAAGCAACAUCUGUAGCAUGUGCUGCUGCAGAAGCUAGAGAUAAUUAUGAACCUGCUUCAGCUGCAAUUACUCCAUUUGACCAUCUGAACAGCGGUAACACACUAUCAGCUGGAGCAUGGGCUGAUAGUCUUACUAACAUAAGUAUAGGUGAUCUACUCUCUGAAGCGCCUGAUUGUGUGGAUCCACCCGCCACCGAGGGUUCACAUUGCCUCCUCCGAGAUGUCUCAUUUGCCUCCGACUCUUUCGAUGCUGCAAUAGCUGCUCAUAUACUGAGACACCAGAACAAGCCAAGCGGUCUAAUACCGGUGACUUCUGGCUCUUCUUCUCUAUGGGAUGAUGAAGAUACACGUGAUGCCUUCUCCUUCCAAAAGACUCGUCGUGCAAAUCUUUCUAAGUUCGCUGAUGUUGCUUCUAAUGGAGAGCCUUCUCAAGUUGUGGAGGCUACAUCUGGUGAUGAGGGGCCUUGUAACCUUCCUGAUCAGCAGGGAGAUCCAAUGGAAGAGGGUCCAGCAGAUCCUCCUACGAUGGGUUCUCCAGGGAAGACCAUUUAUGGGCUUGCGGAUGUAUAUUGGCCGGACUCAUUAGGACCACUUGAUCUAGACAUUAGAUCUUCAAAGUAUGCAGAAGAUUUGAACCUCAGUGACAGCCUCGGGGGUUUGAGCCGUCUCAUAGCGACCAGCCUUGAUGCGUUUCAAAACUGUUCGCUUUUUGGGUUCGACAGCAAGAAGGAUAAGUCUAACAUGGUCUGAAUGAAAUAUGGAACCAAAGCAAAAAAAAGCAUGUUGUCUGAGUGUUGAUAGUUGAAAAAGAAUAGAAGAAUCUUCAUCAUAACUAAUAGCUUCACUGUACAAAAAUCUGAUGUAAGUUUUUAACAAUUUCACACUUUCUUCUGUGUUGAUACAUAUGUUUCUAUGUUUACACUUACUGGUGUUUACAUGCUUAGUUUCCCUUUUGGUUUCUUCUUUUGUUUAUAGAAGUUCCGUGGCUUCAUGGCAAAUAAGCGUGUCCUUUUUAGAGCGGGUCAGAAUCUAGUAAUUCUUUUUAA